ACCCUCAGUAUGAGCUCCAUCAUCGCCUCACCGGCGACGGUGCCGCCGCCGGAAACUUGUACGCAGGGCCACCGCUCUACUCUCAUCCUCCCAACAGCCGAGGGAGGCUCCAUCUGCCUUCUCUGCCUCUCCAAUCUAUUUUCCAAUCCCAAUUCCCCCACCGUCCAUGUCUCCUACGCCCUUUCCCAGCUUUCUCUGGCCGCCUCUCAGCCUCAAUUCCUCCACUCUCUUCUCACCUUCCACCCCCACUUUCUAAUCUCCCCACUGCUCGCUGUCUUAUCCAACUUCGAAGACGAGCCCACUGCCACACAAGCCAUUGAUCUGAUCCAGAGAUUGUGUGAUGGCUCCAGCAGCAAUGGCGGUUGCAGCAGCCAGAAUGUGCGUCAGGAGUUUGUCUCUAGGGUUUCGGAUUGGCUUUCAGGUGGAUCGUUGGGUUGGAGCCGCCGCCAGCUAUUCAUGCUCCAUUGCUUUGGUGUCCUCUUAAAUACUCAGGACUGUGAUCUCUACACAUGCAUAAAAAACAAAGAUGCACUAGUUUCGAACCUUGUUGUUGGACUACAGUUGUCAAACGAUGAAAUCCAAGGGGAGAUUAUGUUUGUUCUUUAUAGAUCAUCCCUCCUCCACUACAAAUACAUGGAUGAUUAUGGAGCUGAAGAUCUGUUACUUCCUUAUUGCAAUAAGUUUUUGAAUGUGGCAAUUGAUGUUUUACUAAAAAGUCAGAGUGAUGAAGUUCGGAUCAACUGUGUGGCAUUCUUGACGGUGUUGGCUCGUCGGGGGUUUUUUGCAAGCAUGGAUUCCCUUGAUACCAAUGAUUUCAUGCAAUUAACAGUUCAUGAAAAGGAUGGUCCACUUGUCGAAGUCUUGUUUGCUGAGGCAGUUAAAGGCCCCCUUCUUUCUUCAGAUAGUCAAGUACAGAUCGCCACAAUGGAUUUGAUAUCCAUCUAUCUUUCAUCAACAGAUGUAUCAGGGAAACAAUGCCAAGCACUACUAGAAGAGAACAUAGCAGAUUAUAUUUUUGAAAUACUGAGAUUAUCAGGAAACAAAGAUUCAAUCAUCAACUCUUCAGUUCUGGUUCUAGAUCUUUUAUCAAAUGCAAAGCAAGCCUUCAGACAGAGGCUGGCAAUUGGGUUCUCGACGAUGGUUCUCACUCUUCGUUAUGUAGCUGAAAUUCCUUUCCAAACCGUGCAAUGUCAGCUACUGAAGCUUAUUUUGAAUUGUGUGGAAGACUGUCCUGGAGUAGUUUCCCCCUCAAGUGCAGAAGAAAUAAGUAGCAUUUUGUUAGGGAUGUUUAAGAAAAAUAUCGGCAUGCUUCCAGAGGCAUUCUCCUUGUCUUGCUUAAUUCUAGUGGCUAUAAUGAAAUGUUCAUCAUCCUGUGGAAAUUCAAGCUUGGCAGCCUCAGUCAUAGAUGCAUCAAGGUCAGCUGUUUCAAUGUGUUUGGGAAGUAUUUAUGCAGACACUGAUCAAAUUUUGCAUUCCCUUUACCUACUAAAGGAAGCAAGUGUGUUUGAUGAGGAAGGUAACUUCUCUACCUCCCAAAGUGUGAGGCUAAGGGGCUGUAUCAUUGACAUACUUAAAUCUCAAAUUCUACCUUGGUUUGUAAUGGUGUUUAAUGAAUUGGAGGAAGAAUCCAUUGCCUUAGGUGUGAUUGAAACUUUCCAAACUAUACUACUUCAAGAUUCUGACGUCGAUACCAAAAGUUUUGCUGAGAUUCUAGUUUCAUCUUCAUGGUUCAGCAUAUUAUUUGGGUGUUUGGGUUUGUUUCCUACAGAAAGCUUGAAGUUGAGGGUAUAUCUAAUCUUCAGUUCACUUGUGGAUGUACUUGUGGGCAGUGAUUUUGGGCAACCGAUUAGGGAUGCUGCUCUCUCUCUGCCUUCUGACCCUACAGAUUUGCUAUUCCUUCUUGGGCAAGAGAGUUCCCAUAAUCUAGAGUUGCUUUCUUGUCAAUCUGCAGUUCUGUUGAUAUUGUACCUAACUUCUCUUUACAAUGACAGGAUUGCCGAUGACAAACUCGUUCUAGCUUCCCUGGAGCAAUUCAUUUUACUUAACAGCAGUCACUUUUUUGCUGAAGCUUCUGCCUUUGUGACUGUAGAGCUUCUAGUCAAUCUGUAUGGUCUUUACAGAGGAUUGGCUAAGAUGAGUUACCAAAUGCUUUAUAGCCCAGAAGCAGAAAAAAGACUUUUUCAGCUGUUAGGUGAAAAUGAAUGGGAUUCUUUUUUGACUAAAAUCCACUUAACUUCAUUGAGAUGGCUGUUUGAACAAGAAAGACUCUGGAAAUUAUUGUCAUAUCAGAUAUUAAACUUCUGCAGACGCAACUCCUCAGUUGGCAACUGCGUCGUAUUAUAUCAUGAAUCUAGUGGAGAAAUUGAUUUGCAUGUUCUUGCUGAGCUGAUAGCAUCUGGAGACAACUUUGGAGCAAAGAUAUUUGUAUGCUUGCUGGGAGAUCUUGCAGAAAGUGCUUCUGAAGAGUUUGACAUCAUUUCAGUAUUGAAAACAUAUGCAGAAUUAAUUGAAAUCUCUCCUACUACUGCAGAUCAGCUUUGCAUUCAUGGGAUAGAUGGUGUGCUACAGAACCUUUACAAUUUUUCGAAACACACUCUCCCAGAAUUGUUCAUGGCUACAUCUCGAUUUGCUUUCAGCAUUUUGCAACAUGCACACUCUGAAUCCGUAACUAAUAGCGACACUUGGGCAGGGAUUGCUUUCCAGUUGAUGGAUUUCCUCUUACCAGUUGUGGCCUCGGAUGGAUGGACUGAAUCUGUUCUCACAGUAAUUGGCUUACUUUGUCUAAUUUUGCAUCACUCAGCUCAGGGAGGAUUAACAGAAGCUUCGAAAAUUAUAGUUUUGAAUGUUCCUUUGAUAUCAAUAGUUAAUACCAUAAUCCAUGAAGCCUGUGCGAAGGGACCUGCUCUAUCUGAUUGUGAUGAGGGAACAGAAACAGGGGAAGUUCUCAUGUUCCUGCUUUCACUUGUUUUUUUCUCCCUGAGAAGUGUACGGGCCAGUCUACCAGGUACCAUGAUUUUGUCCGAUGAAGAAAGUGAUACGCAGCAACUGUCCUAUGUUGGCAUCCAAUGCCGCGACCUGUGCAAGUUGUUGCACUUUGGAUCAGCUACAAUCAAACUGAUUGCUUCCUUUUGUCUUGUGGAACUAUUCGAAGGAAUAUCAGCUAACCUGAGUAGACAAGCUGAUGAUUUUAACUUCAGAGAAGGCUACCUAUUGUCAUUAUCAUCUAUACUGGAGGGCCUGAUCUUUUUUGAUGACAUCAGAGUCGCGCUGAACUGCUCACGAUGUUUAUCAUCUCUCAUGACAUGGAAAGAGCUGAAAAUCGAAACCAUGUUUUCUCAGGACAAUUGGUGUAGACUGAUAGUGGAGGAGCUGGUGAUGUCCUUGUCUACUCAAAGUCUAACAUCAAAAUCUUUCAGACUCCAUCAAAAGCCAGCUCUUAUUUUCGCGGCAGCAUUGCUAAGAAUGUCUCCUUCCUGGGCGGCGAAAGUGUUCAAUGAGUGUGCCGUACAAAGCAUCAUAAAAAAUGUGACCCCGAGCAAUGUGAAUGCCGAGCUAGUGAUUCUGUUUCGGGAGCUUUUGAAGUCCGGCCAUCUGAGCGCCGACAAUGUUUCGCAGCUAAGUAGAGUGUUCCAGGUGUACAGACAACAAAUUUAUGCCAAUGAGCUUAAAGAUAGCUGCACAAAGAAUCCUGCAGAAUGUUUGGCUCUUAAUUCGGAUUAUAUAGAACAAGAGCAACACCUCGAAGAACUAGUUGUCCAUGAAAGGCAAUACUCCUUGGUUGAUUAGUGGCGAUUUCAAUGCCAUUGUGGAUAUUUUGGAGAGGAAGGAGCCGUGGCAGUCAGGGCUUCGUUCUAUUCGGGAUUUUUCAGAAGCGAUACUUGAUGCCAAUCUCCAUGAUGUCGGGUUUGAAGGAUAGCUGCACACAUGGACUAAUAGACGUGUGUAGAAAUGCCUUGAUCGAGUUUUAUAUAGUACAUUGUGGGAGGAGCUUGCGGAGGCAGCUCGUGUUCGGCACCUCCCUCAUUCAACGCUCCUUGUUCGGAUUUUUUACAGGAGCCACAGGGUUUCGUUCUGAUUUCAGAACAUAUGGACGCAUCACUAUACUUUCUUAGACUAUGUGCGGCAGAGUUAGGAGGCUCUGACGGGUAUUGUGAGAGUAAGGCUUCCGACGGGCCUUCUUACAUUGAGAAUGAAACUCGGGCACCUUAAACAAGCGCUCAAGUGGUGAAAUAAGAAUGUAUGUAGGAAUGUGUUUCAUACAUUGGAGGGUGCCGAAAAGGAGUCUGCGGUAUGUGAGGAGAAGUCUGAUUGGGAUCCAUCGGAGGCUACUUUGCUUCGUCGACAACGUAGUGCAGUGGCAUUGACGCAUGCGAUUGCGUUGGAGGAAGCGUAUUGGAGACAAAAGGCGGCAUGUCGAUGGGCGGUGGAUGGAAGCACAACUCCCGGUUCUUUCAUUCCAUGGUUCGGGAGCAUCGGCGACAUGCAUCGAUAUUUUUUAUGCGUGACGGUGAUUGAUCAUAUCCAAGCAUUUGGAGAUAAAGGACUCGACCGUAGGUACUUCUAAUCUAUGUUUGAUGAGGAGGACGAUGCGGAUACCUCGGGGAUGAAUGACCUUGCUGAUCCGCUGCAGCAAGUUCCGCCGGAGGAAAAUUUGCGACUUUUGGCGUUACCGACAUUAGCAGAGGUUCGGGAGGUGGUGUUCUCGAUAGAUGCGGAUAGUGUGGCUGGUUCAUAUAGAUUUUCAGCAGCGUUUUAUCGUUAAUGUUGGGACAUCAUAGGCCCCAAUGUUCUCACGGCGGUCUUGGACAUCAAAGAGGAUCAUUUGUCGCCAACUUUAUUUGUCUUGGCAGCGGACUUGUUAUUGCAGGGGUUGGACCAAUUAUUUGGGAAAUUUCUGGAUCUCUUUAUCAUUGCGGAGUGGUUUUCAAUUGUCGCAUUUGGCGUAUGCGGAUGAUGUUUUGAUUUUCGCUAACGCUGGUAGUGUGAGCAUUGGCUCUUUGACGGAGUUUUUAGAUGAUUAUGCGCGGAUCACCAGGUAAAAGGUGAACUGUCAAAAGAGUCAUAUAGUGUUGAGUCAGCAAUAUACGGAGGAGCUCCGUAGGCGGCUCUGGGAGGCCAUGAACUUUGGGGAGGCUGAACUCCCGCUUACAUAUUUGAGAGCCUUAUUUUAUAUGGGAUAUCGGAGAAACAUAUUGUAUGAUGGGCUUCUUGGCAAGCUCCAGAGGUAUUUAGCGAAUUGGGAUAGAUCCGUCCUUUCGCAUCGAGGAUGCCUCAAGUUGAUCUGGUGUACACUAUCUACUACAGGUUCUUAGGCCGCCGCAGACGGUGCUCCAUUCGGUGGAGCAAUUAUUUGCGAGAUUCUUUUGGGGAUCUUAUCAUGGUCAUCGUCAGCGACAUUGAAUUUCUUGGGCAGAGGCUGCGAGAUCAGUGGAGGAGGGUUGAUUGGGCUUUCGUACAUUGACGGAUAUGGUGGAGGCUUUUCCGUAUAAGCUUUGGUAGAGGUUCCGGGAUGGCUCGUCUUUAUGGGAGCGAGCUAUGAGGCACAAAUACUUUUGCAGCACUUUUUCUGGGAUUGCUCCAUGUAGGAAUUACAAUAGUCCGGUAUAGAAGCGAUUGUGUGGAGUGCGUGCGGAGGUGCAAUCUCGGAUCUAUUGGAGCUUAGGUCAGGGUGAUUGUUAUUUUUUAUAUGAUAGAUGAUGCGGGGAGCAGCCCUGUUGUACGUAUCGAGGAGAGUAGUCGCCGUCUUUACUUGUUCGGGAGAUGUGGUAUGGCGGAUCUUAGGAUUUGGAGCGCUUUGGGCAUAUCUCUUGGAGUCGCUAGUUCAUCGUGUCUCGAAGAUUCUAAUAGAUGGAUUAUCGAGUGAUAGGAUGACCGGGGUGGUAUAUGGUCAUGUCUACUUACUCCUACGAUAUCGGUCUUUUUAUGGAGAUUAUUUUAGCGGUGUUUACCGGUUGAUGAUAUCCUUCGGCAUUAUGAGAUCCAUAUAGUAUCAAGAUGUUAUUAUUAUCCGGCGGAGGAAGAGACGGUCUCUCACCUCUUCUUUGAGUCGGCGGUUAUUUGGAAGGUAUGGAGCCACUUUGCGGCGCUCUUCCGGUUCACCUUGCCGGAGACAUAUAUGCCGUACAUCAUGGUAUCUUCUUGGAGGCUUUCGACGACACAUGCUCGGAGCAUUCGGGUUUUCAUUCCUAUGUUGAUUAUGUGGUUUUCUUGGACCGCCUGGAAUGAUGUAAAACGUCGAGGUAUAUAUAUAUAUUUUUUCAUCCAAUAGGAUUAUUUGGCGCAUGCACUUACACUUGCAGGUACUUUGGUGCUCUGGUAUCCUUUUCUAAAAGCAUUUGGAGGGAGAUCUACAUAUAGCGAUGAGCCUUAAGUUUCGGUAUCCUCCGUCAACCCCUCGUCCUCCGAUCCUUGUGUGGUGGAAGGCGCUGUCCCCGGGAUAGUUUAAGCUCAAAAGGGAUGGAGCAUCGAUCAGGAACCCUGGGCCGGCAGGAGCUGCCGGUAUAAUUCAAGACGCUCCAGGCUGCGAUCGAUAGAGCGACAAACACUUUUGCCGAGCUCUAUGCGAUUUGCAUGGAAGUGGACCUAGCGGUGGGUUGAGGUCAUUCACCGUUGUGGAUCGAGACGGACUCCACCGCUUACAUCUCCUUGAUAUCUUCAUCGAUCGGUCAUUGGACGCUCUAGCCCCUUAUUCUUCAGCUUCAUUUGCGGCUUUGGGACAUCACCUAGAGGAUUUCACAUGUUUUUUUAGAGGGCAACCGAGUUGCAGACUCAUUAGUAGGUAUGAUGAGCACUCCCUGAUGCACGGACUCUCCUUCAAGAAGACAUCCCUUGGCGGCCUGAGGGUUUCUUAGAGCGGCCCGAGGGUUUCUUAGAGCGGACGCGAGCGGACUUCCGAGUUUUAGGUUCCGGUAGAUUUCUUUAUUUGGUCGAUUUUGCUUGUGUUAGCUUUUUCAGUUGAUAUUGGGACAUAGACUAUGUUGUAGCUCUUCAGUUAGAACUACACAUGGCUUGAUCUUGGUUUUUUAACCGUAGGCAACUCUUUUGAGCGCAAUCAUUAAAAAAAAUAUAUAAAUGU